AAAUGAAUGCUAGAGGAGUUAUCCUUAAUGCAUUUGAACGCUAUCGCCUAAAAACCUGCAUUGACUUCAAGCCUUGGGAUGGAGAAGAUAACUAUAUAUCAGUGAUCAAGGGCAGUGGCUGCUGGUCUUCAGUAGGAAAUACACAUGUUGGGAGACAAGAACUUUCCAUUGGGGAAAACUGUGACAGAAUAGCAACAGUUCAACAUGAGUUCCUCCAUGCACUGGGAUUCUGGCACGAGCAGUCGCGUUCUGAUCGGGAUGACUAUGUCAUGAUCAUUUGGGACAGAAUUGAGUCAGGCAAAGAGCACAAUUUUAACAUCUAUAGUGACCAAGAAUCAGAUUCUCUGAAUGUUCCCUAUGAUUACACUUCAGUAAUGCACUACAGUAAAACUGCAUUCCAAAAUGGAUCAGAACCAACAAUUGUGACAAGAAUCUCAGAUUUCGAGGAUGUGAUCGGCCAACGAAUGGAUUUCAGUGACGCUGAUCUCUCAAAGUUGAAUCAACUGUAUAACUGCUCUUCUUCCUUGAGUUUUAUGGACUCAUGCAAUUUUGAACUGGAAAAUGUGUGUGGUAUGAUCCAAAGUUCAGAAGAUAGUGCUGACUGGCAACGGGUUUCACAGGUUCCCACGGGGCCAGAGAGUGAUCACUCCAACAUGGGCCAGUGCAAAGGUUCUGGUUUCUUCAUGCAUUUCAACAGUAGCUCUGUAAGUGUGGGGGCCACAGCAGUGCUGGAAAGUAGAACGCUGUACCCUAAAAGAGGAUUUCAGUGCUUGCAAUUUUAUUUAUAUAACAGUGGAAGUGAAAGUGACCAAUUGAACAUCUAUGUCAGGGAGUAUUCUGCAGGCAACGUGAAUAACGAUUUAACCCUUGUGGAAGAAAUAAAAGAAAUACCCACUGGGAGCUGGCAACUUUACCAUGUAACAUUGGAAGUGACCGUCCAAUUUAGAGUGGUGUUUGAAGGACGCAGAGGCUCUGGUGCAUCACUGGGUGGUCUGUCUAUUGAUGACAUCAAUCUUUCAGAAACACGGUGUCCUCAUCUUACCUGGCGUAUAAACGAUUUCACACAGUACAUUGGAAGCCCAGAUGGAACUCUAUAUAGCCCUCCAUUUUAUUCUUCUAAAGGUUAUGCCUUUCAGGUUCUCUUGGAUCUAAGACAGUCGACUAAUGCAGGGAUAUAUUUACACUUGAUCUCUGGAGCCAACGAUGAUCAAUUACAGUGGCCGUGUCCUUGGCAACAAGCCACAAUGACACUCUUGGAUCAAAAUCCUGACAUUCGACAGCGUAUGUCCAACCAACGGAGUAUAACUACAGACCCAUUUAUGACCACCGAUAAUGGGAACUAUUUUUGGGACAAGCCUUCCAAAGUGGGAAAAGAGGUUUAUUUCCCUAAUGGAACUCAGUUUAUGAGAAAUACGGGUUAUGGAACCAGUGCCUUUAUAACCUAUCAGAGGCUGCAAAGCAGAGAUUUUAUAAAAGGAGAUGAUGUUUUCAUACUACUGACAGCAGAAGACAUAUCGCACCUCAAUUCUACACAAAUUGAAUCAGUCCCAGCAACCACUGAUGUCAAUGAGCACUGUGCAAAAAUCACAUGUGAGAAUGGCGGUGUCUGUGUUGUCCAAGAUGAAAAAGCUGAGUGCAGGUGUCCAUCAGGAAAAGACUGGUGGUACAAGGGAGAAAGGUGUGAAACGAGAGGCUCAACCCGAGACAUCAUUGUCAUUGCGGCUUCUUCCACAGCUGCUGUGUUCGCCGUGAUGCUCAUAGUCACCCUCGUCAGUGUUUAUUGUACUAGGAAGAAAUAUCGUAAAAGGACGAGUUCAAAGACAGCAGAUAUGACUCUGGAAAAUUCACAUGCUCUUUGAAGAUUAACUCAACAAUACGGCCAACAAAUGAAAUUUAAAAGGAUUCUUCAUCAUGGAUUUCACCUAAGCUAUAUAUUACAACCAGCACAUUCUUCUAAAAAUGGAUCUUCUCUGUAAAAUAGCUGGAUGUAUUAUAAAUCAUUAUUUUGGUAAAAGUCAAAUUGGUGAAAUUUCUUUCUUUCUUUCUCUGUUUCUUUCUUUCUGUCUUUCCCUUUCAGCAAUUUGGGCUCCUCUGUAAGUAUAACAUUGCUUAGAAAAGAAAGCAACCUUUAGAGAUAGCUUUUCAAAUUACUGAUCCUUCUAUUUGGGGACCAAUUGUAGUGGCCUAACAAGUGAUACCCCCAAAACCCAUUGGAAACAUCCAAUGGGAAUGAUCCUCCAUGUGGAAUCUCACCAGUUUCAGUGCUACCCUGUUCCGAUGCAGGGAAGGGCACUGGGACAGCUCCCCCCACUCUGGUGACAUUCGCCUCUCUCCAAAAACUCGUGACUCUCUCGUUUUCUCAUAUAAUUCCUUUGGUAUGUAAGCUUGGUUUAAAAUUUGUUUGAGCAUAUAAUCAGUCCACAAGAAAACUUUUAACUUCUUGAGCAGCAAUUCUCAAAGUUUUGAGUCUCAGCAGCCUUUACACUUAAAAAUUACUGAGGACCCCAAAGAGCUUUUGCUUAUGAGCAUUCCAUUGAUCAGUAUUUGCCUCAUUAGAAAUUCAAACCAGGAGCAUUUAAAACUAUG